GGGAAAGCGAGCGGCUUUGAGCCAUGGGAGGCCAGAUAACCCGAAAUGCCUUGUACGACUCCUUCAGCGGGCCGUUCCCCCCGGCGGCCCACCGGUGCCACCACAAGUCCAAGCGCUGCUUGCCGCUGCACCAGUGUGGCGGUGGUGGCGGCUCCCCGGCGGCGCUGCCCGUCAGCCCGCUGCUGUUCCACCCGAGCGCCAAGGGCUCGCAGAUCCUCAUGGACCUGGCGCAGCGCGCCGUCAAGCGGCAGGCCAGCUUCUGCAACGCCAUCACCUUCAGCAACCGCCCCAUAGCGCUCUACGAGCAGGUCCGCCUCAAGAUCACCAAGAAGCAGAGCUGCUGGAGUGGAGCUCUGCGUCUGGGCUUCACCUCCAAGGACCCGUCGCGCAUCAAUCCGGACAGCCUGCCCAAGUACGCCUGCCCCGACCUGGUGUCGCAGAGCGGCUUCUGGGCCAAGGCGCUGCCCGAGGAGUUCGGCAACGAGGGCAGCGUCAUCGCCUUCUGGGUGGACAAGAAGGGCCGCGUCUUCUACCGCAUCAACGAGUCCAGCCCCAUGCUGUUUUUCAGCGGCGUGCGCACCAACGAGCCGCUCUGGGCCCUCAUCGACGUCUACGGUCUCACCCGCGGGGUGCAGCUGCUAGAGAGUGAGAUCGUCCCUCCGGAAUGCCUGCGUCCGCGCUCCUUCACCACGGGCCGCGGCUCCUCGCUGCGCCGCGAGGCCGAAGAGUCCCGUCUGUCCGUCAGCCUGUGUGACCUCAACCUCCAGCAGGACGACAACCACCUUCGGCUGGCGCCGCCCGCGCCCGUGCCGUGCCCGAUCCCGCAGAACUCGCUCAACUCGCAGCAGUCGCACCUGCUGCCCCAGGCGCUGGAGGGCGAGCUGCGCUUCCACCAGGUGCGCGCCGCCAACGUGCGCACGCUGGACGACGGCCAGACGGUGGCGCUGCUGCGCACGGAACAUUCCGGAAGCGAGCGCGCGCUGGUCUUCACCGAGCGUCCGCUGCGCCCGGGCGAGACCGUCUUCCUCAAGGUGACCAAGUCGAGCCCGGCGCGUUCGGGCGCGCUGGCCUACGGCGUGACCUCGUGCGACCCCGCCACGCUGCGCCCCAGCGACCUGCCCGGCAACCCCGAGGCGCUGGUGGACCGCAAGGAGUUCUGGGCCGUGUGCCGCGCGCCCCAGCCGCUGCAGAGCGCCGACAUCCUGGGCUUCCUGGUCACCGCCGACGGCGAGGUGAUGCUCAGCCACAACGGGGCCAGCGCCGGCAUGCAGGUGUGCGUGGACAACUCGCGGCCCCUCUGGAUGUUCUUCGGCCUGCACGGCGCCAUCUCCCAGCUCAGGAUACUGGGCUGGUGGUUUGUCAGCACGGCAGAGGAGCAAGGAUGGGUCCCUGCCACGUACCUGGACUCACAGAAUGGCACGAGAGACGACUUGGAGCUCAGCACCACGAGGAGCGGGGAAGUCACUAAGAGACGCAAGGCUCACCUGAAGAGGCUGGACCGGAGGUGGACCCUGGGGGGGAUAGUGAACCGACAGCAGAGUCGAGAGGAGAAGUAUGUGACCGUGCAGCCUUACACCAGCCAGGGGAAGGAUGAGAUCGGCUUUGAGAAAGGAGCAACCGUGGAGGUCAUGCAAAAGAACCUGGAGGGCUGGUGGUACAUAAGGUACCAGGGGAAGGAGGGCUGGGCCCCGGCCUCGUACCUGAAGAAGAUGAAGGAGGACUUCUCGCCGAGGAAGAAGACCCUGACGGGGCCCGUGGAGAUCAUCGGGAACAUCAUGGAGAUCAGCAACCUGCUCAACAAGAAGUCCGUCAGCGAGAAGGACGUCCAGACGGACGGAGGCGGCGGCGGCGGCGGCAGCGGAGACGUCACGCCCGAGCGCCACAUCUCCAAGAGCGAGAUCAGCCUGCCCAUCCCCGUGGGCGCCGGCGGCGAGGCCUCCUCCGGCGCUGGCACCGGGACCGCAGGCGGCAGCGGCGGCGGCGGCGCCUCGGACGGACCUCGCGGGGCCGGGAUCUCCGGGCCGCCCGCCCCGACGGCCCUGCCGGACAGCGGCGUGAGCAGCAGCAAGCCCAGAGUGGAGCCGGGCUCCCCUGCCAUCGCACGCGUGGCACCACACAGGGUGGAGAUCGGUUCUCCAAACCUACGUCAGAAGCCUCCUCCCCGUCGAGAUGCAAACCUGGGCUUGCACUUGCCUAAGCCGCCAGAGCCCCCUACUGUGGAAGCAGAGUACUACACCAUCGCCGAGUUCCAGUCCAGCAUCUCGGACGGCAUCAGUUUCCGUGGAGGACAAAAGGCUGAUGUGAUCGAGAAGAACUCUGGCGGUUGGUGGUACGUGCAGAUCGGCGAGACCGAAGGCUGGGCUCCCUGCUCGUACAUCGACAAGCGCAAGAAGCCCAACCUCAGCCGCCGCACCAGCACGCUGACCCGGCCCAAGGUCCCUCCCCCGGCGCCGCCGGUCAAGAAGCAGGACUCGGCGGAGGAGACGUCCUCGCUCUGUGGCUCGUCCUCGUCCAAGGCGCCCGAGUCGCCCAGCCGGCCCGUGUACGAGGAGCCCGAGUACGACGUCCCCGCCGUCGGCUUCGACCUCGAGUCGGACACGGAUUCGCUUAAAGGCGAGUGCUCGGCGGAGGCGCGGGUGAACGGGGCUCCACACGGGAAGUACUCGUCCCCCCCGCUGGGCAAGGACUCGCCCUCGGUGUCCCAGAAGAGCUCCCCCUACAGGGCCGGAGAGUCCCUGGAGGACAUCUGCCGCGAGGAGUCCAUCUACGAGAACGACGGCUUCCGCCCGUUCUCGUCCGACGAGUUCGCCUCCGCCCGGGACUCCAGCGGCCUGGACUCGGACUCGCCCAAGGGGCCGUUCUCGUCGUCCUCCUCGUCCCCUCUGGCGCGGAACUUCCAAAGGGGGGUCUCCGUGUCCGUCCCGUCGUCGUCCCCCGGAAGCGGCGGAAAGCCGCUGAGAAAGGUGCCCCCGGACCUGAGCCGCAGCCAGUCCCUGAGCCGCGCCGAGGAGACCAGCCCCAGGUCGUCCUCCGACGAGUCGGGCCGCGGCGGCGGCGUCUUCCGCCGGCAGAUGAGCGCCCGGCGAAGCGGAGGAGGAGCGGCGGACGAUGACUUGCACUCGGCCCAGAGCCCCUCGGCCCGACCCAAGCCCGUGGUGCGGCCCAAGCCGCUGCUGUCCGCCAAGUCCGCCGCCGAGCCGCCGAGCCCCGAGCGGAUGGACAUCAGCACCCUGCGGCGCCAGCUGCGCCCCACGGGCACGCUGCGUCACGCCAGCCUCCGACCCGGCGGCCGAGGCGGGGGAGGCGAGGACUCGGAGACGGCCUCGGUGGUGUCGUCCGAGGACUCGGCGUCGUCGUCGUCGCGCAGCACCUCCGACCUGUCCAGCAUCUACUCCAAGGGCAGCCGCGGCGGCAGCGGCGGCGGCGGCGACUCGGACCCGGACGCCGGCUUCUUCUUCCGCACCACGGACGCCUACCAGCGCGCGCAGGACUCGGAGAUCAGCUUCCCCGCCGGCGUGGAGGUGGAGGUGCUGGAGCGGCAGGAGAGCGGCUGGUGGUACGUGCGCUGGGGCCACGACGAGGGCUGGGCGCCCACCUACUUCCUGGAGCCCCUCGGCAGGCAUCAGCAGCAGCAGCAUCAGUCCGUCGCCAACAACAACAACGACACCGGACCCGAUUACGACUGCCCGCUGGUGGACCUGAGCGACCGCGGCAGCGGCGGCGGCGGAAGCCGGAGGAGCAGCCGCGGCGGCUCCAAGUCCAACAGCCUGGAGAAGAACGAGCAGCACGUCCAGGCGCUGAACAACCUGAACCAGCGGCAGCGCCACACGCCGCCCAUACCGUCCAAGCCGCCGGGAGGCUUCACCCGCUCGACCUCGACCGCGACCGGCGCCGCUCCGCAGCCGUGCGGAGUAGGGCUGUCCAACGGGGGGUCGGGGGGGAACUCCGGGAUCGGGGUGCGUCUGAGGAACGGCGUGAGGCAGGCGGCCGUGCGCCCCCAGUCGGUGUUCGCGUCGCCGCCGCAGCCGGUGAAGGACACCAACAUGCACGCCAACACGGGCGGCUCCCUGCGCCGCAACGAGUCCAUGGGCGCCACGGACGGCAUCCGCUCCAACACCAUCGGCGUGCGGCGGAACUCCUCCUUCAACGCCGUGCGGGCGCAGGGAGGCUCGGCGACCCUGGACACCAGGAGCCGGGCGUCCACCGCCGUCGCCGGAACCUGCUCCGCCACCACCAUCAGCGCCACCAUCGGCGGCGGCGGCGGCGGCGGCGUUGGCGGUUCGGCCACCUUGGGGCUCCAGCGGAACGGCAUCCCCGUGUCCACCGUGAGGCCCAAGCCCAUCGAGAAGUCGCAGCUCAUCCACAACACGCUGCGCGAGGUCUACAUGUCCAUCGCCGAGUACCGCGGCGACGACGAGACCAUGGGCUUCCCCGAGGGCAGCAGCCUGGAGGUGCUGGAGAAGAACCCCAACGGCUGGUGGUACUGCCAGGUGCUGGACGGCGUCCACAACCGCAAGGGCUGGGUCCCCUCCAACUACCUGGAGCGCAAGAAGUGACCACACUGCUCGCCCAACGCCCCCAGAGAAUCUUAGUCCCCCCACCCCCUUUCUUCCUCCCUUCCUUACACUUGAUCAUUGUGUAUAUUUACGGAACUUAAUCGAAAAUAGACCCACAUUUGAUUUUUUGUUGUAGUUGUUGUUGUUUGUUCUUACCUUGAUUGAGAGACACAUUUCGUGCGGAUUUAUCGAUGAUCGGGGCAGUUCGCUGAAAAGAGUCGCGUGGAGUGCAACUGCAAGGUUGAACUUAACUUUUUGGGGGGAUCGGGGCAUGUUGGAUGAUGCGUCCUGGCGAAACUUCAGGAAAGACGUUGUCUUCAGUUUGGAGAACGUGGGAAUUGGGGGUGGGGAGUAAAACAUACUUAUAAAUGGGGUUUACAUUAAAAAAAGAUAAUAUCCUACAUUGAAGCAGGAUGAUAUCCUUGCACAAAAUACCUGCUUUUUCAUGCCAAAUGGGUGCCUUCUUUGAAUGACAGUGGAUUGUCUAGAGAUAUCAACCAUUCACCAGUGAAUCAAAUGUCAGUACCAAAUCGAAAAUACUGUGCCAUAGAUCUAUGUGCAUGGAAAUCACCAAAAAAUAUCUAUUUUUGAAAUCAAUUUAACCUUUCAAAUGAAAAAAAGACAAAUGGAAAUAAAAUCAGAAACAAUAUGCGUUAAGUGUUCCCUACGGUGGAGCAUAGUGGCGAUACUAUAAGGUCAUUCACAAUGCAAUGAAGUAGAAUGUUUAUUGACGCAGUCCUCAAUGAAAACAAACCUACCUGUGUCAUGGUUACUUGGUAACAACGGAUGAGAGUAGAGGAAGUCAGGAAAGAAAACACUUUAAUCUCCUGUACUUUUUUAAAAGUAAAAAAAAAAUGUUUAUUGUUAUUUUUUUUGUAUGUCAUUGAGUGUUUUUUUUUUUGUUGUUGUUGAUGUUGUGUUCCUUAGAGAUGUAUUUCUGCUUUCUUGUGACAUCCACACUAAACUGUCAGCCCACAGCAAGAGCAGGUCUGGACAUUUUUUAUGUCGCGUGAUGCUGCACUGAGUAGAUGGUGGUGUUGAGGCUUAACAAAUUGGCGAUCAUUAUUCACAUCGAAACCCCAGUCAGAGAUCUGCACACUCUUAUUGAAUCAUCAUGAUGCAUUCGUAAAUGCACACAAAAAUAAAGUGAUCUAAUCUAAUGACAUGAAAAAUGUCUUGUUCUUCAAAACGGUAGAUAAAAGAGAGUCUUCUUGAAACAUCUGCCCAUGUCUUGAAACAAAUGUUAGUUUACAAAAAAAGGUUGUAGUAUAAUUGUUUUUUUUUCUUUUUCUUGAAAAAGAGAUUUGCAGACGAAACAAAACUCUGUAUAUAUUUGCUGCUUUUAGUUAAGUGUUGUCACGGUUAUUAACUGUGACAUACAUUGAAAAACUAUACUGGAAACAACCAUUGAUACUAGCCAGUCAAUCCCAGGGAAGUAGUUUGUAGGCCUACAUAGCAGAAAACCCAAAAUGUGAUUGAGUCGAACAGAAGUACCAUCGUGUCUUGCUAAUUUGUAUAGAUUUAGUAUUUAUUUUAGUGGGUACUGGAAAUACAGUGUAUUCAUCAAACUACCCAAACGAGGUUUCAGAACUGAAAAUAAGAAAAAAGUAAGUAAAGUAUUUAAUUGAGUUAUCUGGAAGCACUUGAUAUCCUUACCCAAAGAAAAGCACUCAAUAUGCAAGGGUUAAUUUCAACAUAACAAUAUUGCUGGGCAGUAUUAAGUUUGUGGUUGAAGUUAUGCAAUGGGAAACAUUUUUUUUUUUUUUUAAUUGUUAAAUUGUUUUUGUUUCAAUCUUAAGGAUGAGAAACGAAACAAAAUACAACAGUUAUAACUAAUUGGCUAAACAAUCCCUGUUUUUUUCUUUCUUUUUCUUAAGAGCAGUAAUAUGCGACAACGCCACCAUUCAGACAUGGCCUUAAUGGCAAUCUACCCCCUUCCUCCCACCUGAAACAUGCAGUUAUUGAGAUGGCAUUCUCAAAAUCGAACCCAAAUGAUCGAGUCUAUCAAAUGGCUGAUGUUCAAGACUGCUGAAAUAUUUUUCUAAUGAGCUAGUGUGAGCUCCUACAUUUGGAUAGAGCACUAACUUUUAAUUUUUUGUUUUCAUUCUCUGCUGGACAGUAUUAUAGUAUUAAACAAAAGUACCUGCUAGAUUGCAGUUAUAUUCUUUUUUUUCAAAGCAGAUGUUGUUUGUUCCAGUUGCCGUGUGAUCACACAGGAACAAUAAUAAUGAAAGAAGUGGUUCAUUUUUUGUGAGUUAAUGCAUUUUUCUUUUUCAAAAGUGCAUUAACACAAAGAUGCAGUUAAAUUCACUCAGCACGUUAUUUAUUGAACACAAUUUGUUCUCUUUUUUUGUAUUUAUGGAUUAUUUAAUUUUUGUGGAUUUUUUAUACCUCUGCACAGACCUGCCGGUGUUUUCCCCAUCAGUAGUCGUCACUUAAACGUCUCAUAUUCCGAGACAAUUUGGUGCCACCUAGUGAUGGGAACGUCUUAUUGCAGCAUAUAUUUUUUGCUCCUCAAAAACAGUGGGUGGAGAAGCUUUUUGCAAAACUUGAACAGCCCUCCACUGAAACUACCAUUGGAGACAUCUCUUGAGUGAAUGAACAAAUCAAUUUUGAUAAUUGAAUGUUUUCAAAUAUAAAUGCAGCUAAAACAUUUUUGUAUCUUUAUUUGGCCCUUUUUUCCAUCUUUUCCAAAUUAUUUUUUUCUAAGGCUGUGUGCUGCAACUUCUUGCAAUAAUGGACACUUCCUCUGUUGUUAUUGAACCAAACAUAAUGCCUGAUCCUGUUUUAUAUCAAUUUCUUGUUUUGUGUUACUCUUUAUUGGGUUUAGCAAUCACUACCAAAUGAAUCAGAGUAUUUCUAAAUUUAAAUCAGUCAAGUCGAAAUACCGAAAAGGUGUGUCAGUGCGGGUUAAACAAAAAAAGGAACUCAAAAACGUACAGUUACUGUUGAGCUAAAUUUAGCAGUUAGCACUGACACCAGUAGUGAUGAUCGGUCAAGUCCUUGUUGUUGGUACUUUUAUCGUUUAGAAUCGGCUGAAUGAAUCACCCCUUCCCCGUCUCACAAACACCCCAAACUUUUUCCUUUGACGAAGGCAUUAUGGACCUGUGUUGACCCGCUCCAACGCUAUUAAAGGAAUAAUUUGUCUUUGUUAACUAAAUUCAAUUUACACUGCUUUAAGCGUAUUGCGAAUUACAAGGGAACCGUUGUGUCUAGCUAGGCCUUUAAGCCGCAUUUAAUUGUGUAUGAGCUUUAAGUCUGUUUUGUUUGUACUCUUUUUUUUACCAUUAUUUUAUCUCUCAGUCUGCAUAAAUAUUUGUAAUUUAAUCUUUUUAUUUCCCUGCUUUUUAUCCCUUUUUGUAUGUUGACAUGAUUCAAAUGUAUUAACGAGGAAAUGUGCAAUAGAAAAUAGGCAUCUCACCUGAAUCGGGGGGAAAAUAAUAAUCUUUUUUUUUUUCUUUGUCAACUCAAACUUUUACAGUCAGUGGUAAAUUUCAAGUGUCAUUGGCGUGACAUUAUCCAAUAUAAACAUACCCUUCAUAGCACCAAUAUAAUCAGUAAAAUGUUUAAAAGAAACAUAAGAUGGAGAAAUAGUCAUUCAAGUUUGAUGCUCAAGUAUGAUCUAAAUCGACCCUGAGCCUUCUACCCUCCAUGUUCUUUCUAAAAAGACAUAGACACACACGGGCACUCAGUCUAUGCGUGCUAGAGUAUGACCAGCAAUUGUGGGAGCCAUAGCCAAGGUGAUGGGUCUCUCUGAUAGACUGGAGUUAUCGAUCACCUUAAGCCACACGUGGAAAACCACAGAGACGCCUGACAGGGAAGUCCUCUCACAGUCACACGGGCAAACUGAGACAUGUUGGCAUUGUGUCACACACACACACACACACACACACACACACACACACACACACACACACACACACACACACACACCACUUACACACAUGACCCCCCCCUACACACCCUUCAAUGGGGCUCCUACUAACCACACACACACACAGUCUCCUCAUUACCAUGGCUGUCAGAUACACACACACAUCCCAACUCAGGUCUUUGAAGUAAGAGGACUUUGCAAUUAGCUCUGAACUGAUGCUAUGGACCAGAAAAAAGACUUCACUCUCCAUGGACUGCCACAUGCAUUUGUCCACGUUUGCUAGGCGGCCAGUUCUAGUAACAGACAGAAAUCCCAUUCAUUUCAGACGUGGAACCUUCUUCCAUUCAAUCUCAAUUUCUCUCUCGAUAGCUGAUCUUUUUCUGGGUUGCUUGCUCGCGCUUCACUUACAGUACCUUGUUCGCAAAACUCACCGUCGCCAUGACGCUGUCCGUCAGUUGAGGAAUCUUAACAGAACGUUCCUAUGAGAAACAAUGGUUUGAGAGGGGAGAGUUAGAGGGGUGUAUGUGUGUGUGUGUGUGUGUGUGCGAGUGAGUGAGUAGAAAGUGCAAUGUAUCCUAUGAGGAUUAAAUGACUGUGUGUGUGUCUGUGUCUGUGUGUGUGUGUGUGUGUGUGUGUGUGUGUGUGUGUGUGUGUGUGUGUGUGUUAUGAAUUGUCUGGCGCAGGUGUGAUGAGAAUGUUGGAAUAAAGAUGGUUGUGUCUGCGUUGUGAGGUAAGGCUUAGAAGGAAGGAUCGCUGAGGCGAGAGUCAGAUAGUCAGUCUUGGACUGUGGGCUGUUAGAGUCAAACAGGAAGUGAGUGCAUUGCAUUUAUGUGCCUACUUCCCUACCGUAUCCACUCCCAGCCAUAGUUCCUGCCAAUGAAUUGUCAGUGUGUGGCUUAGCACCAUAGUAGGGAUGUACUGUUGCGUUCUAGAUGAUAGUCUUUUUUAGACAGGUGCGGCAAAUCAAAAAGAUCUCAGAAAAAGCAGAAAAAGUUUGCACUCUGAAAAAAAUUGUAGACACAAGUCUUUGCUUAAAAAGGCUUAGCACCAUGAAAUCCCAUUGUAACACAUCCCUUAAAUUUUCACCUUAGUAAACUUGUUGAUUUUUUUCUUUUUAGAAUGUAGUGCUUCUUUUGCAUGCUGUCAUAGAGAGCAGACUAAUUUGAAACAAUGGACACCACAGGACAAUAUUUAUUUAAUUUUAGCUAAAUGGUUUUCAUUAGCGUUAUAGCAUUGCUAGCCUAAUCUUUGUUUUUUGCUCAUAGCCUAGUUCUGACUGUUUGACGGGUGUUGAUUUUGUCUGGCGUUUCCUUGGGUGGUUGCUAGAGUAGGGCGUUUGGAGAAAGUUUGUCGUAUGUGUGCUCGGUGGGCUGCAGUGGGUGUGUUACACAGGGAGAGUUUCGGCAGGUUUAACGUAGCCUAGUUUUACUUUGUUUGUAUUAUUAUUAUUUCACGGUAGCUCGUUUUGUUUGCGUUUGUGUGCGAGUUUUAUCUAGUCAUUUUAAGGUGUCUACAUCAGUGAAACUGACGGACAUGCGGUCGAGGUUUCUGCCAUACUGGUGUACUGUUGGAGUAUCAUGGAUAAGGAAAAGUGACAUUGUAGCCUAUAGCUACCCAUACCUUACUGGGCAGUUCCACACUUCUUUGCCCCUGCUUGAUUUCAUGACCUUUCAAUUCCUUCCUUUUUUCAUUCAACUAUUCUCUGAUUGGUGACUUCUGUCUGCUUAACAUCUACAACCUAGAGAUCCUGGCCAGAGAGGGUAGAGGACCUCAAAGAGGUCUUAGAACCGCAUGCCAAGUCAGGGCCCACCCAAUGAGAACUUGACCAUGUCCUAGUAGCCUGUUCCAUGUUCCAGCGUUUACGUUAAAAGCAGAGCAGAGCGGGGCGGGGCUGGCUAAUGGUCAGGCUUGUCAAACGAAAUCAUUGUCCAGCGGACGGACAGUGCAGUGGCAGUCCUCCAUCGUCCUCCAUCGUCCUCCAUAACACCAACGUGCAUUGCGCACGUCCCCCAACAUGACUGUAGAAGGACCAAUACUCGGUGCUAGAUUCUUAUCAACUUCUGAAGAAUCACAUUUAUGCAUUAUGAAAUGAUUGAUUUUUUCCCCCUUUUUUUUCGACAUUUUGUCCGUUUCAUGUUCCCUGCUUUCAAAGGGUAGCUGACUCAUAGCCAGGCAGACAGGCUGCAGUGUGUGUGUGUGUGUGUGUGUGUGUGUGUGUGUGUGUGUGUGUGUGUGUGUGUGUGUGUGUGUGUGCGUGUGCGUGUGCGUGUGUGUGUGCGUGUGCGUGUGCGUGUGCCCCCAGUAGAAGAAAAAUCCAAGGCCAUUAUGGCAUUAAACAAGAAGGGAGUCAAUCAAGUGUGGAGGCAAUUGUUGUGGAAAUAUAAUGAAGACUUGGGGCUUGUUUUGGAGAAAAGGGGCUUAGGCUUCCCUGAAACUAUUUGUGUUGUGAGAGAGGAUGGGGGCAUAAAAUUGGAUUAGUCGACAUAAGAGUCCCCCACCUCCUCACUCUUCCCAAAGCCACGUGGUGCCUUUUGAAAGCAGGAGAUAAGUGUUUUGGGUGGGUGUUUUUUUUUGUUUUGUUUUGGCUUUUUUGGCUCAUUUUCAAAAAAAAAAAAAAAAAGAAUAGAAAAUCAGAUUAAAAAGAAAUUCUUCUUUGCUUGGUCUUUUUGUUUCUUAAUUUUUUUGUUUUUAUUUUUGUUCUGUAUCAUGUUUACAUUGUAUCUUGCAUUGCCCUAAAGAAAAAAAUAUAAAAUGUAUUAUUCUGUU